AGUUUAAAGCCCAGUCCACUUAACGCAAUCACACGUGUGAAUUAUAGAUUAUUUAGACUGUCCGUCGGAAGCCUUCGGUAGUAGAAUUGGAAGAAAAAGAAGCCACCGCUUUGUGGAAACAGCAGCUGUCGAUUGAGGGUUUUCUUUGGUGGAAAAAGCAAAGCCAUGGCGAUGAACGGUGGUCUUAGAUCGGCUUCGAAGUUUCUGACUUCGUCCUCUCAAUCACUUCUCCACAAGUCUGGCAAUAGAGGGUUUCAUUCAACUGGAGUGAAGAGAAUGGGGGGAGGGCAUGGGCAUGAUGAACCGUAUUACCUCCAUGCUAAACAUAUGUACAACUUGGAUAGGAUGAAAAAUCAGAAGCUGACAAUGUCUCUUGGAGUUUUGACAGCCUUCAGCAUUGGUGUGUUUGUUCCUAUCUAUGCUGUCAUUUUCCAGCAGAAAAAGACUGCAUCUGGUUGAUUUUUAUUUUUUAUGCUUGCCUUCAUGGCAUGGUUUGGCUGCCUGCAAUAAUGGAAGCAACUGCCUUUGUGAAUUGUUAUCUUCGGCUUUUUGAACUGAUGCAGUUUGAUGAUUAUGAUGAUACUUGCAGGAUUUUAGGAUUUCUUUUGACAAACACCUGUUGGUAAUUACGGGAAUUGAUUAUUUGAUAAUAAUAAAAACAUUAUAUUUGGAUUUGCAUGGGAA